GGAACGCUUCCCCAGAGCCAGCCUUGCUGCUAGUCGUCGCUAUAAUAUUAAUAUUUCACUUUUAGAAAUUUAGACAAAUCUUACAGGGCGUGAUUUAUAUAUAAGUAGUAUAAAUAUGAACUGUGCGAGUUUUUUUUGUUGAUUUCCAAGUCACCUAGAUCCUGUGAUAACAUUUAAACCUUGUUUUCUUUUCGUAUUUUAACAGGAAAAACUUUUCUUCGAACUUUUAAAUAUUCCGGGACGAAUAAACCAUUUUAUAAUUAUGGUGAUAUUGAUACUUGAUAAGAGCUUUAACGAUUGUAACUGCACGUCAAGUGUCAUGCUUACGCCAUCUUGAUAUAUAUGGUGCUUUAUUCAUAAGAUUUAUAACAUUUGAGUGUAGCUAAAUUAUUUCAGAUGUGCGGCGAUAGUUGCAGAAUGCGCUGCUGAAUGCUGUUUCGGGGAGUGCGUAGAAGAUCCACUUUGUCCUCGUUGUUUUGGCGACAUGGCUUUAAAAUGCAUACCCUGCAUAGAAAGGAUCGACGAUGCUGGUGAAUCAGAUAGUGACUCCUGCUUCAUGAGCAACACAAGGAGCAGUGGCUCAGUGAUACAACAAGUAACAUAUACUGGGAGGGAGGAUUGUGUGGAGCUGUGUUUAUCUGAGAGCAGAUGCGAGGGUAUUGUGAUCAGUCCACUCGUUUGGAGGGUGACAACGUGUUACAUUAUUGGAGAACACACAACUUCUGCAUACUGGGGGUGGCAAUAUGCCGACAGAUCUUGCUUCGAAAGUGAACCUGGUGAAUGCAGUCCUAAGAGUCUGGGCUGCUGGACUGACCUUCCUACCAGAGCAAUAGCUGGAGGCAUCAGAUUCAACUCAGAUACACCGAUUGAAGACUGCUUCAACCUCGCCAUGGAACAAGGCUUCUCUGUCUUCGCAGUCCAAGCCAACAGAGAAUGUUUCACUUCAGCCGAUGCCGCGGAAACGUUUAACCAAUAUGGGUUGUCGGCUGCAUGUCAAUAUGACGGCAGGGGAGGUACUUGGGCUCAAAAUGUCUACCAAGUUACGUGUGAAGGUGAAUGCAGUCCUAAGAGUCUGGGCUGCUGGACUGACCUUCCUACCAGAGCAAUAGCUGGAGGCAUCAGAUUCAACUCAGAUACACCGAUUGAAGACUGCUACAACUUCGCCAAGGAACAAGGCUUCUCUGUCUUCGCAGUCCAAGCCAACAGAGAAUGUUUCACUUCAGCCGAUGCCGCGGAAACGUUUAACCAAUAUGGGUUGUCGGCUGCAUGUCAAUAUGACGGCAGGGGAGGUACUUGGGCUCAAAAUGUCUACCAAGUUACGUGUGAAGAGUAAACACAUCAUGGAACGCUGAACGAAGAACAAUUGCUAGACAAAGAAAGAAAAAAAAAGAAAAAGAAGCACAAAGAGAUGAUCUUUUUGGUGAAAAUAUUAUUUAUUAGUGGAUAAUUUCUGUCUUUUCUAAAAAAUUUUGAAAACUUAAAGUGUAUUUAAUUCCUUACAUUUAUUUUCUUCGUUCCAUGCUGAGUAUAAGAUUUUUAAAUUUUCAAGAAAGGUAUUUUAAUUGAUGUAGUUUAUAUCAUGAUUC